CUGUGCCAGAAUGGGGGCGUGGAGCUGUCACGCUCAGAGCAUCUGAACAACAGUGCGGUCAAUUUUAAUAAGCGUUUCUGCAGUUUAUAUAGCAGUGUCGAUGUCCACGAGUCGAGGUUGAGGAGAAAGUUGCUGAGUCAGUCGGUGUAUGUACAUCUGAGAAGGAUUAAACUGUUCGCAAGACGGUGGAAGGCUGUCACCCCCUCAGCAAUAUAUUUACCUUCAGUAAUGGGAAAGACAAGUAAAUGGCGGGGGCAAAAUCAGGUGUCCAUGUGAGCCAGCUGAAGCCGAUUGUCGUUUCGGAUAAUCUUAUCAAGGGCAACAAAUUCAUCAAGUGGGACGAUGAUUCAAUUAUUGGCACCCCUGUCACCCUCAAGGUGGACCCCAAGGGCUACAUCAUGUUCUGGAAAGACCAGAAUAAGGAAAUGGAUUGCUUGGAAAUUUCCAUGAUAAAGGAUACAAGGACUGGAAAAUAUGCAAGGUCGCCUAAGGAAGGCAAAUUGCGCGACUCGUGCACCAUGGGGGCCCGCGAUGUGGCACUGGAGGACAAAACUGUCUCUAUAUGUUAUGGCACAGAUCACAUCAGCGUGCAGUGGAUUAACUUUACAUGUAACUCCAAAGAGUGCGCUAUGGAAUGGGCAGAGUGUGUCUUAGAAUACUCAAGGAGCCCAUUGAGCAAUAAUGCUAAUGCCCUCACUUACCUGGAGAAGACACAUGUGAAGAUUUCUUCUGUGUUAAAUGCAGAAGGGAAAAUCUCAGUUAAAAAUGUAUUAAAGACUUUUGCCCAGCAAAGGGAAGAUAGAAAGCGUGUAGAAAAGGCAUUGGAAGCCGCUGGUUUACCUCAUGGAAAGAAUGACUGUAUCAAUCCCAACAAAUUCACCUUCAAUGACAUGUACAAUGUUUAUAGACAUCUAACCAUUAGAAGUGAUAUAGAUCAAAUCUUUGACAAAAUAGGUGCCAAAAAGCGGCCCUAUCUCACUCUGGAGCAGUUUAUGGAACUUAUCAACAAGACCCAACGAGAUCCAAGACUUAAUGAAGUAUUAUACCCAUAUAUGUCACAGAGCCAAGUCCAAGAAAUCAUAGAUAAAUUUGAGUUCAACAGGUCUAUGGCACAGAAAGGUCACAUUUCAAGAGAUGGGUUUUUACGUUACCUCAUGAGUGAUGAAAACAACCUGAUCCCUGACGAACGAUUGGACCUCAGCAUGGAUAUGAAUAGGCCCUUGUCGCAUUACUUCAUUAAUUCCUCACAUAAUACCUACCUUACAGAAAAUCAGCUGACGGGGAAAUCCUCUGUAGAAAUGUACAGACAGGUUCUGCUGAGUGGGUGUCGCUGUAUAGAACUGGAUUGCUGGGAUGGAAAGGGUGCCGAUGAAGAACCUAUGAUAACUCAUGGAUAUACCAUGUGCACUGAAAUCUCCUUCAAGGAAGUCAUUGAAGCAAUAGCAGAAAGUGCAUUUAAAACAUCAGAAUACCCUGUGAUCUUAUCUUUUGAGAACCAUUGCACACUCAAACAGCAGGCCAAGAUGGCUGCUUACUGUCGCAGUAUAUUUGGUGAUAUGCUAGUAACAGAGCCCCUAGAAGGGUAUCCGUUGAAGCCUGAUUCCUCUCUCCCUUCACCUGAGAUGCUGAAGAGAAAGAUUCUAGUGAAAAAUAAGAAGAAACAUAAAGUUUCUGUUGUUCUUUUCAAGGUUGUGCUGCCUCAUUUAGCUUUAAUACGCGUGUCUGCUUAUGAAGAGACAGGCCGCAUGAUUGGCCACAGAAUACUCCCAAUAGAAGGCCUGAGACCAGGUUAUCGUCACAUUCCAUUGCGAAAUGCUCUGAACCAACCACUGAAUCUCCCCACACUUUUUGUUCAUCUCUCUGUAAAAGAUUAUGUACCUGAUGCCUUUGAAGACUUCGCAGCAGCCCUGGCAAACCCCAUAGCUUACCAGUCCAUGCUCGAAAAACAUUCCAAACAACUAGAAGUAUUGAUGGAGGACUUUGAUGUAGAGUCCAAUAAUGCUCAAGCUGGAGUUCAGGAUGACAAUGUUGAAACCAGCACAAGCAUUCCACCUUCUAACUUUACCAAGAAGAGAACAGACUCCCUGAUGUCCAAGACGGACUCUGUUGUGAGCGCCUCUUCAACUGAAGGAAAAAAUGGCUUGAAUCGAAAGGGCAGCAAACAUGCUGUGUUGAGUCAACAGGAAAGCACAGGUUCGGCAUUGUCCCAGUCAUCUAGCACAGGGAGUACACCAGCUGGGGCGACUCAUCAAGAUGUCACAAAAAUUCUCUCGGGGACUGAAUCAAGUGCCCAGUUGUCCACAGCAUCAUUUCUUGGGACCACCAAACUGGCUAACCCAGAAAUGUCAGCCGCCAUCUCUCUGGAAGAACUUAAACAGCAGAGGCCCUUCCUUAAGUACAGACUCAAGAUGAAGAAAGAGAUUGAAAAGCUGCAAAAGAAGCAUCAGAAGGCUAAACAAAAUAUGCAGGAUGUCCACAGAACUAUAGAGCAGAAGCUUCUGGUGUCUCACUUCAAAGCAGUAAGAUCCAUGGAGAAAAAACACAGAAAGAUACUCAAGAAAGCAGGCAGGAAUGGAUCAUUGGAGAACUUGCAGCCCUCACUUGACCAACAGCUCAACCAGCUGAAGGAUGCACAAAAACGAGAGCGUGCAGAAAUGAAGCGUAUCCACAGUGAAGAUUUGAUAGAACUGUCACAGUCUCAUUUCCAACUUGAGCUAGACAGUGUGCGUGCGCUGGACAAACCCAUGUACGACCUGAUGGAUCAAAUCCUGCAGACAAGCCUAGAUGACAGAUUGGAGAUGCUGAGAGAUAUACAUGAAGAUGAAGUGGAUCUCUUGAAAAAACGGCUUGCGCAGCAAAACAGGGAGGAGAUCAAGGCAUUACAGAAAAAGCAUAAAGACAAACAAGAAUUAUCAAGGGUAAAACGUGAAAACCAGCAUAAACAUAUUACUAUGGCAGUAGCAGAAAGAGAAAAGCUGAAGGGUUUGCUAGAAAAGAGAGUUACUGAAGUGAAAGAAAAUCAUGAGGCGGUGAAAAAAACUCUAGCAGAAGAGAGGCAGAAGAGAAAUGAAGAUCUGCAACAAGACUAUGAAGACAAGUGUCUUAAGAUAGAGCAGGAGUAUCGGGAGUGGUAUCGCUGGAAGUCCAUGGAGAUUUUAAGCACUCUUUCGAUAGCAGACAGCGUAGAUGAUCUCACUUCAGAUGAUGAGUCAACCACUCAGUUGUUGUCUGUGAAGCCUCUGUAAUGAUGAUGGCACUGUGCAAUGAGACAUCGGAAAAAUGAGAAGAGUCCAUGUCCGUUGUCUAGGGUAGCCUUUUUAAUUGAAAAGUUUAGAAAUUGUGCUCUUGUUCUUGCAAUAUUUCAUAUUACAAAUUCACUUAGCAAUUUGAUGGAGAGUUGGUUGUUUUGGGUCCAUAACACGGAGCAAAGCAAUCUAUUUUUGACAGAUUGCAAUCAGCACUGACAGCUAAGGCUGUAUUUUCCAAAUCAGUCUGUAUGUGUCAGUAAUUAAGGUCAAUUAAAGUUAGUAAUGCCUCUCCAUGUUGGAGCAUAAUAAAAACAAAAUAGCAAGAAAAAAAAGUGUGGAUGCUUAGGCAAGAUUUGUUGUAAAUUUGACUGUAGGCAUAAAGGAGGACAAUGUGAAGGUUUCGAGAUUAUUGUCGUAAAUUUCACAUAGUAAUCAGGACCAGAGAAUAUAUAUUUUAUCAGUAUUUAUAUACAUUCAUAUAUAUAUUUGUAUUAGUACAGCAUAAUGUAAUGUAAGGAUGACUACUUACAAGCAUAUUUCUAUAUUUACUAUGACAUUCAAUGCCUCGGAUAAAAGAAGUCGGUGAUCAACUUUCAUAGUCCUAAUUAAGUGUUAAUAUAUUCUGUAUAUGGUAGUUUAACCAUAGACUGGUGCUUAAUGGUUUUCCAAAUGCCAUUAGAAAUCUUUUCCUACUUAAGAAGCUAUAGCAAUCAGAUGAAUUUAUUUAAUCAAUUAAGAAAGCAGUGUAUAGGGAAACAUUCUACAGCUGAAUAGAAAAGAUUGUUCUAAACAUGCAAAUUUGUUGUAAUAUUGUGAUAUAGGUUUCUUACUUUCACAUCACAAAAAUGUCCUUCAAAUUAAUUUUUACAUAAAGACAUGACUUAUGUGUGCAUUUUACUUAUUUUAUCUGUGGGUGUAUUUCUAGUUAGAUUAAUAGUGAUCAAAUGUUUUCUUAUUAAGUGCAAUAACAAGUAUGUCUGUAUUUCUAUUGUCAUUGGAUUCACGCAUAUUAACAUGCCACAUAUACCAGGCUUUCAGCUAGAUAUUCAUGAUAAUGAUCCAGGCAAGAAGUGGAUGAAAUAUGUAUGAUAUAUGAAAUUGUUGUUAACAAAGUGAAUGUCUUACUUGAAAAAAUGAAGUAAUUUGACUGAAUGCAAGUUUGGGUCUCAGAAAUUUUGAUGAGGCACAGUCAAAGCAGUGAUUUAUGUGAACUAUGAUGCCGACAAAUAUUUAUAUACAACUUAUAUUUAGAUGUUUAUAAUUUUGUUUAUACUUAAUUAGGAUCAUAUUUAUUACAUAUUUUGUCUUUCUCUACACAUUCCAUAUAUGAUGCAUUUAAGUAACCAUUACUUAAAUGUUCUUCAUUCUCAUUUAUUUAUCUUUCUUGCAUGAUCCAUACAAUGUAUUAUCUGGACCAAACAUUUUGAUCUCUGUAGAAUCUGUAUUAGGUUAGAAAGUUUGGAACCACCCAUUAAGCUGAAGAAGAACAAUUGAAUGAUAUGACAACACUGAGAAUACAUUUCAGUUAUUUGUUUCUGAAUUGUACCAAAAAAAGGGAUAAAGUCAUCCCUGUUUGAAAUAUAACCAUGCAGACUGGCUCUUGGCAAAAUAUCAGGCCUGCUACAAAUUCACUGUGAAUUUUUCUUGCAAACUCCUGAAAACUUUUCAUUUUGCAAAGGGAUCCCCUUCCUCUGCCUAAAUUCACAUCCUAUAAUAUUUUUUCCACAGUGUUGAAAUUAAAUUAUACACUGCCCCUUGAUGCAUCUUGUAUAUAAGUACAUGCACAUAACAUAGGUUGCAUUCACAACAGAUGAUCCAGGGACUAACUGAUUGGCGGACUAAAUAUGGCCAACCCCACUUAAAAGCGAUGCCGGUAAUUCCCUAGUGGUCUCCCCACUACUACAUGUGCCAGCCCUGCAGGGGGCUAACAAUUAAACCUCGGAGCCAAGAUUAAAUCCAUACAAUUUCUAGGCUCCUGCAGGCCUGUACAUGUGUGGUAGGCGGGGGGACCAUAAGGGGAUUAGCGGCAUCGCUUUUAAGGGGGCCAGCCAUAUUUGAUCUGCAGGUCUGUUAGUCCACUGAUCAACUUGUUCUGAAAGCACCCACAUAAAUGCAAGUUUCAUCAUACCUGGGCAUUUAGUUCUUAACAUCUGCCUUAGUGUAAGAUACCUCACUUGUCAGCAAGUAGUAGGUAACAACCACUUGGUACUCUUGUAUAUCACAAACAAGUAUCUAUUACAUGGUGUAUCUGUUACAUAAUUUUUGUCUGUUUGUCUCAGCAGUAAUUAUUAUAUACACAUCGGUCCUUGUUUUACUUAUUGCAUUUACUGUAAUUUGCUUUUACACAUUACUCUAGGUGUCACAGGAUGUUGUGCUGCGUCUUGUUUAGAUCAGAUUAAGCAAAAGGCAAUUCUAGUCUUAAUUUCAGUCAACAGUCACUUGAUUGCAACAUCUUUAACAUUAUUCCAGAGUUUUGUGUUUAGCACCAUUGUCUGUGAGUGGGGUAACACAGGAUUUACUUUACGUAGUUGGUCACAAAAAAUAAUAAUAUCUGCACUGUAAAGAUUGGAAUACAGUAUUUUUGUUAUGAAAAACCAAUAACCAGACAGCAGAUACCGUUUUACAUUUUUUGUGUGCUUGUGAGGGGGAUUAGGUGUAAACUCACUUUGUCUAUGAAGAGAAUACCUCUAUGAAACAAGAUGGUAUCAAAGGGCUAAUAUUACAGAAAGUGUAUUUGUGUUAAGCAUGGACUGCUUAGCUUAGCCCAUUGCACAAAAUCCACAUUUGGUCUAGGCGCAUUUAAAAAAAGCCUGCUGCAUGUUAUAUUUCCAUGCCCAUCAGAAAUCGGAGAAAACCCAAGCUGGCUUAAUUUAGAUUGUCAUUGAUCACUUGUUGACAUUUAUCUAUCGUGACUGAGUGGAAAUCAAAGCGUUUUUACCAGAUUGCAUUUGAAUAAUGUCAAAUGCUGUUUUUUAAUAUUGAUAAAACUGUCUUGGAAGGCCGUAAGGGCCUGUCACCCUGGCAGUCAACCAAUGAAGCGUGCAUAAUGAUGUUCAAAUACAAUUCCUGCAAAAAACUGAAAAUUGUUGUGAUCAGUCUAUCUGAUGGCAUAUAUGUAAUAGAAUUUUUUUUAUAUUUGAAGCACUUUGUUUACCAUUUUUUCCUUUUUUUAAAUUCAUGGAGCAGCUAAUGCUUUAUUCUGCCCCCUGAGAUUAAUGAUGUUUAAGCUUAAAUUAAAAAUUGAAAGUAAGCAGUAAGCAGUCUUGGAGAUUUUUUGUGAAAGAAGUUUUUAUAAAUGGGGAUUUAUUGAGCCAGCUCCUGUCUGUGCAAUAGGUAUAAUUCAGCUGAUGUCAGUUCAGCAUUUAUCCAAGCAACUUUUGGCUUAACUACAGAACCUUUGGACUGACAGUUGCAUUUCAACUGGUCCAGUAAAUAAUACAUGUACAUCCAUCAUGCAUUUGCCUUAUUUUCACUGUAUUUAGCCGGUAAACAUCGUAACAUCGCAAUAAAUAUUUUGUAUGUCAUUUGUUUGAAAAUCACUUUGUUAAAUGGUCUUUUCACUUACAUUCACUGAUCGGAAUAUAUAUAUAUA